AUGCAUUCACCGAUGCGGCUACACGUCUGGUCCGUCAGCCAAUCGUUGUCCCAGCGCCGGAUACCUAGCAGCUAUAGUGAAAUGACUUGGAUAUCAAAACGAGAGGUCAUCAAACAUUUCCUCAAUUUCCCCGUCAAACUCAAAGCCGUCAGGAUCUUCGUCAUCUCCAAGUUCCUCCUCCCCUAUUUCAUCACAUUCGUCUUCAGACUCGGACUCACCAAUUCGGUCGUCAUCCAAGUCCAUCUGUUCGUCAUCUUUUGCUCGUCAGUUGUCACAGCAAAUGCGCCUGCUACCGCAUUCGCCCAAGUCCCUCUCCCCCAUCCAGAUUAUACUUCCCUGUUAGCUCAGAAGGAAAUUCCAGCAAACCACCUUGUAGCUAUGAACGGCUUUCUGAAGCGCAGGACCCUGUACACAAUCCUGCCAACCCCCCUUCCAGAUGACCGUGCUUCAGCUUUGAACAGCUUCUACUUCACUGAUUUUCCAACUCAGGACCAGCUUGCUGUCAUGGAUGCAUGUUUGCAUAACCUGUAUGACGUUCCCCGUGCAAAGCAGAUCUUUGAGCAGCUUAGAACCACCAAGUCCCACGAACCCUUGCUCGAGUCUCGCAUAUACAAUUCUUUCUUGGAGGCCUAUAUCCACAUGGCAUUUGUCAAGGAGCCCGAAGAUAGAACUUUGUGGGUCGAGGAUGCGUGUCACCUUUACGACCUCAUGGAAAAGGGUACAGAUAGAGUCCACCCGACCGCGUCUACAUAUGCUAUAAUGUUGUUAGCAUGGAGACGAUUUAAUCCCGAGUCUGACACACCCGUCCACCUCUCCGACCUGCCCAACCCGACAACCCUCCUUAGCAACCUCAUAGAGCGAGACAUUUCACCCACUGCUGUCGUCGCCGAUCGCGUUUUGGCAUCGUCAGAAGAAGCCUCAGAGAUCAUAAAACUCCUCUCCAAUUCUGCAGUAGAUCUCAAUCAUCCUCGUAUAUUGGCUGAACUUGGUCAGGCAGAAUUCCUUGGGAGUCAUGUCCCAGACCCAUUGGAGGGCGUCCCGGAGGUCAAGCCUGUCCUACGACUCGCUGUAUACACCUUCGAAGAAACCUUGGAUGAAAACGGGAAUGUAAUACCUGCGCAGUCUGAGGAAGAAGUUCCCUUCAACCUCGAUAACCUCCGCAAACACUUGGCUCAGGUUACCCUUGCACGACGCGUCCUCCCAGAAGACCUCGCUUCCCGACAGAAACUGCUAGAAGAAUCAGUUUACGACGUUGCAGUAGAGCGCCUCCGUCACGAAGCCAAACUUUUUGACGAGCUAGGUUUAGGCAACCGCGAACUUCAUCAUGCAGAUUUACAAAAGUGGAUGUGGGACUGGCAUCAAAAGCUCAAAACGCGUCUCGAGGCAGAAAUGAAAGAGAUCAUCGUUGCGGAGGCAAAAAUAUCUACAAGCAAUCAAGUCCAACGAAUGGGCCCCUUCCUCUCCCUUGUUAAGCCCGAGAAACUUCCCCUUAUCACUAUCCUUGAGAUCAUGCGCCUCCAAGGCAGCGGCGGUGUCUCAGAUGGGAUGAAAACUGCCUGGGUGCUCCUCACCGUCAGGCGCGCUGUCGAGAAUGAGUACAAAGCUGAGAUGUGCAAGCGCAACCAUAUCGCCAUCCCUUCCCAUGCACGCCCAGGCGAGUUCACUGGUUAUUUCACGGGCCUCGGGUACAAGGACUUGCAUGCGCGCCGGAUGACGGCUGCAAAGUACAUGGAGGACAGCGAGGAGUGGACAUCAGAGUGGAUGCAGGUACUUAGGGUGCGCGUUGGGAGUAUCCUCGUAGAUUGUCUGAUGGAUUCCGCGACGAUCGAGCGGACUGCUGUUGAUAAGCGCACCAACGAGGAGAUUAAAGAGAAUUAA